AUGUGUAGUAGGAGGAGGAGAAAUAGUAGUAGGAGCGGUAGGAGCAAGAGCAGUAAGAGGAGGAGCAGUAUUAGUAGGAGCAGUAGUAGGAGCACUAGUAUUAGGAGCAAUAGUAGUAGUAGGAGCGGUAAUAGUAGGAGCAGGAGCAUUAGGAGGAGGAGCAGUAGUAGUAGGAGCAGUAGUAGUAGUAGUAGGAGUAGUAGUAGCAGGAGCAGUAGUAGGAGAAGUAGUAGUAGGAGCAAUAGUAGUAGUAGGAGCGGUAAUAGUAGGAGCAGGAGCAGUAGUAGUAGGAGCAAUAGUAGUAAGAGAAGUAGUAGUAGUAAGAGCAGUAGUAGUAGGAGCAGUAGUAGUAGGAGCAGUAGUAGGAGCAGCAGUAGUAGUAGGAGCAGGUUUGGAGGACGCUUCCUGGUGCAAAUGCUUCCCGACUACGUUAAAGGGCAUUGCCCAACGGUGGUUUCGCAAUUUGCCAGCCGGAUAAAGAGGGUUUCCACUCUCCACGAGGCCUUGAUGGAAGCUGAGGCCUAUAUACAGGCAAUGGAACUUUGUGCUGUAAAAAUUCCAUCAGAGUACAAGAAAGCUGACAAGAGACAGAGCCGGCCUACUCAGCCGGCAAAGAAGGAAGAAAGGAAAAGGAAAGAAGUAUGGGCGGCGGAACCUGCUUGUCAGCCGUCCCAGAAAAAAGGAAGGAGAUCGGACCCAUACAUUCCGAAGUAUGAAUUUACAAAGGACUGCACCUCCCUUCUAAAGGAAGUAAGAGACCGGUUGAAACUUGAGAAGCCGGCAGCAAUGAAGAGUCCCGUCAGCAGCCGGGACAAAAGCAAAUAUUGCCACUUUCAUGAGGAUGUUGGUCAUGAUACGGAAGGUUGCUUCAGUCUCAGGCGGUUGUUUGACUGCUUGGCUGAUGAGGGGCACUGA